UCAAAGUUGUGGUUGUGACGAGACGGUGGUUUUAUUAUUUGUAAAUCUUUAAAUUCUUUUUAAUUUCGUUUAUUUAUCGCUAUGGAUGAAUUAAAAUUCUGUCGAAUUUGCCUAAACACUGGAGUGAAACUGUACCAUGAAGACAAGUUCCACUUGCAAACGUUUUACAAACAACUUUAUCAGGAAGCGAAAUCCCUGGCGGGUGUGAACAGCAACUUCUGCUACGAGUGCACCGUGUACUUGUGCAAGUUCAGUGUGUUCCGGCGGAAGUGUGCCACCGGACAGAAGACGCUGGAGAAUUUAUUGAAAGAUGGUCCGAUAACACUAUCAUCCCUAUCCAUGAUAGACAGAGCUAAACUUGAGUUAGCUUCAUCUAUUGGACAUGCUCCAGCACUUUCAAUAUCAUUAGAUGAACCAAACAACACUGAAGGAAGUAAUGUCGAACAUUUUGGAGAUUAUUGGAGCAUACCUCCAAAUCCACAGUUUAAACUUAACAAUGAAAUAGACAGCAAUGAUGAAUGGACAGCUGAGGAUAACAACUUCAUCAUCCCAAAAGUGGAGAUCAAAACAGAAAACAACCGCCUGCAAGAAUUCUGCCUAACUCCAGACAAACAUAACUUUAUUGACGAAAGCAGUGACCAUGACAAUGAAGAUGUAACUGAUGAAACAUGGACAGAGCCAAAAGAGAAGAAAGUUAAAAAAGAAGUAUCCAAAACUAAGAAAGAAAAUGUAAAAAAAAGAAAAACAAUACAGCCAAGGAAAGCGGCACAGAAAAAAAAACAGCAAAUAGAGAAGCCUAAAAAAAAUCCAGAGGAAAAGUUUGCUAAACAAAAAGAGAAGGCCUAUAAAUUUGACACAACGAAAUGGAAGACCACAUAUUUGAGUGAAGAGGAAAUGAUAAGAGAGCACAACAAACUGGCAGAGAACCCCAAGUACCAGCACUCGGAGUUCAAGUGCGAGUCCUGCCUGAAGCACUACCUGUGUGAGGACACAUUGAAGCGACACAUGGCUAUUCAUAGUGAGGCUAGAGGCAAGGUGGAAUGUUUCCUGUGUAAAAAGAGAUACCGCACUGAGGGACGACUGAAAGACCACCUGAAGAUACACAAGACAAUAUACCACUGCUUACGAUGUCCAGAAACUUUUAAAACUAGUGGCGCGGCAAUAGAACACGACAGGGUUCACGACGGACUCAGUUAUCAGUGUAAACACUGUAAAGCAGAUUUCACUAAACAGCAGUCCUACUACACGCACGUGCGUCUCCAACACCGCUCGGCGCACCUGUGCCCCGUGUGCGGCUCCUCCUUCAUCAGCCAGGCGGGGGUGAACCGGCAUCUGCGGUAUAAACAUCCUGGGGAUGUGCGGGGGGAACAGCAACCAGAAGAAUCAAAAGCGGACGAUCCGAGUCAAAAUAAAGAGACGUACUGUGAGAAAUGUGAUAUUGGGUUCAAGACUAUCGAGGCUUUCGAGGAACACAAGAACAACUCCGCAAUGCACAUGGAAGACAAUGAGUAUUUUGGAAUUGACAAGAAUCUCAAGCCAGGCAAGUCCGGUGUCCGACAACAGUUUGAAUGUAAACAUUGCUCAGAAACAUUCGUAACCAAGAAGGACAGACGGCUACAUCUGAUGCGCGCUCACCGCCACCUCACGCUCGCUAGUGUCAACAAGAGCGAGCGCUGCAUAUGCGACAUAUGCGGGGCUAACUUAGCCUACGGCAGCAUGUUCGUCCACCAGCGCAUGCACAAGAACCUGCGCUACACGCGCAAGCCGUACCCGUGCGCGCAGUGCGGCAAGGUGUUCCAGUCCGCCUGGAACCGGAUGCAGCACAUGACGGUACGCAUCCACCCCGCAUCCACCUAGUCCAUGCACAAGAACCUGCGCUACACGCGCAAGCCGUACCCGUGCGCGCAGUGCGGCAAGGUGUUCCAGUCCGCCUGGAACCGGAUGCAGCACAUGACGGUACGCAUCCACCCCGCAUCCACCUAGUGCAUGCACAAGAACCUGCGCUACACGCGCAAGCCGUACCCGUGCGCGCAGUGCGGCAAGGUGUUCCAGUCCGCCUGGAACCGGAUGCAGCACAUGACGGUACGCAUCCACCCCGCAUCCACCUAGUGCAUGCACAAGAACCUGCGCUACACGCGCAAGCCGUACCCGUGCGCGCAGUGCGGC